UUUAUGUUUGUACUAAUUUUAAUCGGAAAAUAUUAGUCAACUGUUGAUUCCAGCUCUUGAUAUAAGAAGAAUCUGAAAAGGUUGUAUCCCAACAAGAAUCUCAUCUCAAGGUACAAUGAUAGGACGCAGAGACAGAGACGGACCCUUGAUGAGGAGCAACAGCACUCACUCUCUACGCAAAUCCAGAAUCAUAUCUGCAGUCGCAAUUGGGGUUCUUAUUGGCUGCAUUUUCGCUUUCUUGUUCCCCAAUGGCUUCUUCGUCUCCGACACUGUUAUUAGCCCUAAUCGCAAUCUUCCUCUCGCGGGAUCCAGGACCCAGGAAAAUUCAGCUGGAUGUGAAUCCUCGGAUCGUGUCAACAUGUUGAAAUCAGAGUUUGUGGCGGUAUCAGAUAAAAAUGCUGAGCUGAAAAAACAGGUGAGGGAAUUGACUGAAAGGCUUCGGCUUGCAGAGCAAGGGAAAGACCAGGCUCAAAAGCAAUUCCUUACAUUAGGUAAACAGUAUAAAGCUGGACCUUUUGGUACUGUAAAGGGAUUAAGAACCAACCCUACUGUCGUUCCUGAUGAAUCUGUGAAUCCAAGAUUGGCAAAGAUAUUAGAGAAAGUUGCAAUUAAACGAGAGAUUAUAGUUGCUCUUGCAAACACCAAUGUGAAGGAGAUGCUGGAGCUCUGGUUUACCAAUAUCAAGAGAGUUGGCAUAACCAAUUAUCUGGUUGUUGCUUUAGACGAUGAGAUUGCAAAGUAUUGUGAAUCAAAUCAAGUUCCAGCGUAUAAAAGAGAUCAACAUGAUGGUGUUGAUGUCAUUGGAAGAACAGGGGGCAACCAUGCUGUCUCUGGUCUUAAAUUUCGUAUUCUAAGAGAAUUUUUGCAGUUGGGAUACAGUGUUCUUCUAUCAGAUGUUGACAUUGUAUAUUUGCAGAAUCCUUUCGAUCAUCUAUACCGGGAUUCAGACGUGGAGUCCAUGAGCGAUGGUCAUAAUAACAUGACAGCUUAUGGCUUUAAUGAUGUCUUCGAUGAACCUGCGAUGGGUUGGGCUCGAUAUGCUCAUACCAUGAGGAUAUGGGUUUUCAACUCUGGUUUCUUCUAUAUCAGACCAACAAUCCCUUCAAUUGAGCUUUUGGAUCGUGUGGCAACACGGCUUUCAAAGGAGAACGCGUGGGACCAGGCUGUUUUCAACGAGGAACUAUUCUACCCCUCACAUCCUGGUUAUGAUGGGCUUCAUGCUGCCAGAAGAACUAUGGAUAUGUAUCUCUUCAUGAACAGCAAGGUUCUGUUCAAGACAGUGAGGAAUGAUGCUAACCUGAGCAAAUUGAAGCCAGUAAUUAUUCAUGUGAAUUACCACCCUGAAAAGCUUCCCCGAAUGAAAGCAAUUGUUGAAUACUACAUUAAUGGGAAGCAGGAUGCUCUCAAACCUUUCCCUGAUGGCUCAGAAUGGUACCCUUGCUUCUGCAGCCGAUGCUAUAUUCUCUUGCUGUCUCAAUUGUUCAGAACAGUUUUACAGUAGAUUUUGUUAGUUACAAAGCAUAUGUGUAGGUCUAAAAUGACAGCAUUUUAUGAGCACAUUGAGUUAUGCUUUUUGCCCCAUUCUGAGAUGGUUCAGUUUUUCCUUCUUUUAUUCGUUUUUGGUGCUUGCUCUUGGUGGGGCAGACAGCGAUUUCUUCUGUAACAUUUGUUGUAUGCUAAUUUGAGGUUUUUGUUGUUUUUAUCUUUACCGACCCCAUUAUACACAUUGGAAAACAUAUACAUAUAUUUAGGCCUUGGAGACCUGUGUUA